AUCAAGUCUCAGUUCUCGCUGCCUUCCCGGCCAGUAGGCGUCUCCCCCAGCUGGGGAGGGUCCCCCAAACCCUGUGCUUCUAGGACCGCGGGGGCCGGCAAGUGGCAGGAUCUCCAAGCUGCGUCUCUGAUGCGGCGAGGGGAGGCGCGCGAUGAAGGCCCCCCUCUUCUCCGCCUUCUCUCUACGCCCCACCGCUACUACACGUCGCGCUGCGCCGCGACCCCGGUGCUGCCUGUUCGCGCCUUAAGCGGCUCUUCUGCCGCGGUGCGAUCCCCGACGCCAGGAGGACUGACCCCCACCCGCCAGGCCUCAGACCCCACGCAGAUCCAGCCACACACACAACCGCCUGCAGAUACCCACCACAGCCCUUUUCGUUAACCCAAAGCCCCGCACAGGCGCACUGCCCCUACAUGCGCAGCCCCACAGCCCCACACACCCACAAGUCCACUCGCAAACAGGCCCACGUGGCCACACAACUGCCCUCCGGACACAGCCCCACGCAGGCGCAAUCCCAUACACAACCAAACACAGGCGCAAUCCCACCCACGCAGUACCUCACGGAGUCACACAACCCCCCUAUAAACAAUCGCAGACACAACCCCACGCAGCGCCGCAUCAGUCAAGCUGAGACCCAGAAACACAUUCACAAGCUUGUAUCCAGACCCCCCCCUCAAGCCCCGUGACAUUCACUCGUAGUACAGACCAGAAAUAUACAGCCACACUGAUACACACACAGACCUAAACGCACAGCCAAGACCUCACCCGCAAGCUCGUAAGUCACUGGAAAAAUAUUAAAGCGUUCCCUCCCUCCCCUCCUCUAUCUUUGACAUACACACGCCCGCGCGCGCGCGCGCGCGCGCGCACUCUUACACUCACACCCCCCGUCCCUAAGCGCGUCGGAGCCUCGCAGCCGGUGACCCCGAGGCCCCGCGGAUCUCAUCUGGCCACUGCGUUCUGGAAGAGGCGAGAGGGAGAGCGUGCGCGAGAGGAGGGAGAGAGACGGCAGGGGAAAGGGAGACGGCGAGACGCGCAGCGCCGGCGCCCGGGAGACCCAGGAGCCCGCAGAUAACCAGCCCGAGUCAUGCAGUCUUUUCGAGAAAGGUGUGGUUUCCAUGGCAAACAACAGAACUACCAGCAGACCUCACAGGAAACAUCACGCCUGGAGAAUUACAGGCAGCCGAGUCAGGCCGGGCUAAGCUGCGACCGGCAGCGGCUGCUCGCCAAGGACUAUUAUAACCCGCAGCCUUACCCGAGCUAUGAGGGUGGCGCUGGCACGCCCUCUGGCACUGCAGCCGCGGUGGCCGCCGACAAGUACCACCGAGGCAGCAAGGCCCUGCCCACACAGCAAGCCCUGCAGGGGAGGCCAGCUUUCCCUGGCUACGGCGUCCAGGACAGCAGCCCCUACCCAGGCCGCUAUGCUGGUGAGGAGAGCCUUCAGGCUUGGGGGGCCCCACAGCCACCACCCCCACAGCCGCAGCCACUACCAGCAGGGGUGGCCAAGUAUGAUGAGAACUUGAUGAAAAAGACAGCAGUGCCCCCCACCAGGCAGUAUGCAGAGCAGGGCGCCCAGGUGCCCUUUCGGACUCAUUCCCUGCACGUCCAGCAGCCACCGCCGCCCCAGCAGCCCCUGGCAUACCCCAAGCUCCAAAGGCAGAAGCUGCAGAACGACAUUGCCUCCCCUCUGCCAUUCCCCCAGGGUACCCACUUUCCUCAGCAUUCCCAGUCCUUCCCCACCUCCUCCACCUACUCCUCCUCUGUCCAGGGUGGUGGGCAGGGGGCCCACUCCUAUAAGAGUUGCACAGCACCGACUGCUCAGCCCCAUGACAGGCCGCUGACUGCCAGCUCCAGCCUGGCCCCGGGGCAGCGGGUCCAGAAUCUUCAUGCCUACCAGUCGGGCCGCCUCAGCUAUGACCAGCAGCAGCAGCAGCAGCAGCAGCAGCAGCAGCAAGCCCUUCAGAGCCGGCACCAUGCCCAGGAAACCCUCCAUUACCAAAACCUCGCCAAGUAUCAGCACUACGGGCAACAAGGCCAGGGCUACUGCCAGCCGGACGCAGCCGUCCGGACCCCAGAGCAGUACUACCAGACCUUCAGCCCCAGCUCCAGCCACUCACCCGCCCGCUCCGUGGGCCGCUCACCUUCCUACAGCUCCACACCGUCGCCGCUGAUGCCAAACCUGGAGAACUUUCCCUAUAGCCAGCAGCCGCUCAGCACCGGGGCCUUCCCUGCAGGGAUCACUGACCACAGCCACUUCAUGCCCUUGCUCAAUCCCUCCCCAACGGAUGCCACCAGUUCCUUGGACACCCAGGCUGGCAACUGCAAGCCCCUUCAGAAGGACAAGCUUCCCGAGAACCUGCUGUCGGAUCUCAGCCUGCAGAGCCUCACGGCGCUGACCUCACAGGUGGAGAACAUCUCCAACACCGUCCAGCAGUUGCUGCUCUCCAAGGCUGCUGUGCCGCAAAAGAAAGGUGUCAAGAACCUCGUGUCUAGGACCCCAGAGCAGCACAAAAGCCAGCACUGCAGCCCCGAAGGGAGCGGCUACUCGGCCGAGCCCGCGGGCACACCGCUGUCAGAGCCACUGAGCAGCACGCCACAGUCCACGCAUGCAGAGCCGCAGGAGGCCGACUACCUGAGCGGCUCCGAGGACCCACUGGAGCGCAGCUUCCUCUACUGCAGCCAGGCCCGUGGCAGCCCUGCCAGGGUCAACAGCAACUCGAAGGCCAAGCCCGAGUCCGUGUCCACCUGUUCUGUAACCUCUCCUGACGACAUGUCCACCAAAUCUGACGACUCCUUCCAGAGCCUGCACAGCAGUCUGCCGCUCGACAGCUUCUCCAAGUUCGUGGCAGGUGAGCGGGACUGUCCACGGCUGCUGCUCAGCGCCCUGGCACAGGAGGACCUGGCCUCCGAGAUCCUGGGACUGCAGGAAGCCAUCGGUGAGAAGGCUGACAAAGCUUGGGCCGAAGCACCCAGCCUGGUCAAGGACAGCAGCAAGCCACCCUUCUCGCUGGAGAACCACAGCGCCUGCCUGGACUCUGUGGCCAAGAGUGCGUGGCCCCGGCCUGGGGAGCCAGAGGCCCUGCCCGACUCCUUGCAGCUGGACAAGGGCGGCAAUGCCAAGGACUUCAGCCCAGGGCUGUUUGAAGACCCUUCUGUGGCCUUCACUACCCCCGACCCCAAAAAGACAACUGGUCCUCUCUCCUUUGGCACCAAGCCCACCCUUGGGGCUCCUGCUCCAGACCCCACCACAGCAGCUUUUGACUGUUUCCCAGACACGACCGCUGCCAGCUCAGCGGACAGUGCCAACCCUUUUGCCUGGCCAGAGGAAAACCUGGGGGAUGCUUGUCCCAGGUGGGGAUUGCACCCUGGCGAGCUCACCAAGGGCCUGGAGCAGGGUGGGAAGGCCUCAGAUGGCAUCAGCAAAGGGGACACCCAUGAGGCUUCGGCCUGCCUGGGCUUCCAGGAGGAGGACCGCCCUGGGGAGAAGGUGGCCUCAUUGCCCGGGGACUUCAAGCAGGAGGAGGUGGGUGGGGUGAAGGAGGAGGCAGGCGGGCUGCUGCAGUGCCCCGAGGUGGCCAAGGCUGACCGGUGGCUGGAAGACAGCCGGCACUGCUGUUCCACCGCCGACUUUGGGGACCUCCCAUUGCUGCCACCCACCAGCAGGAAGGAGGACCUGGAAGCUGAGGAGGAGUACUCCUCCCUAUGUGAGCUCCUGGGCAGCCCCGAGCAGAGGUCCGGCAUGCAGGACCCGCUGUCACCCAAGGCCCCACUCAUCUGCACCAAGGAGGAGGUGGAGGAGGUGCUGGACUCCAAGGCCAGCUGGGGCUCUCCAUGCCACCUCUCAGGGGAGUCCGUCAUCCUGCUGGGCCCUACCGUGGGCACCGAGUCAAAGGUCCAGAGCUGGUUUGAGUCCUCUCUGUCCCACAUGAAGCCAGGUGAAGAGGGGCCUGAUAGGGAGCGAGCUCCAGGGGAUUCCUCCCCCUCAGACGCCUCUCUGGCCCAGAAGCCCAACAAGCCUGCUGUGCCCGAGGCGCCCAUCGCGAAGAAAGAGCCUGUGCCACGGGGCAAAAGCUUACGGAGCCGUCGGGUGCACCGGGGGCUGCCCGAGGCCGAGGACUCCCCAUGCAGGGCACCAGCACUGCCCAAAGACCUCUUGCUCCCUGAAUCCUGCACAGGGCCCCCACAGGGACAGAUGGAAGGGGCUGGAGCCCCAGGCCGGGGGGCCUCGGAAGGGCUCCCCAGGAUGUGUACUCGUUCUCUCACAGCCCUGAGUGAGCCCCGCACACCUGGGCCCCCAGGCCUGACCACCACCCCUGCACCCCCAGACAAACUGGGGGGCAAGCAGCGAGCCGCCUUCAAGUCGGGCAAGCGGGUGGGGAAGCCCUCACCCAAGGCUGCCUCCAGCCCCAGCAACCCGGCCGCCCUGCCUGUGGCCUCCGACAGCAGCCCGAUGGGCUCCAAGACCAAGGAGACAGACUCGCCCAGCACGCCUGGCAAGGACCAGCGCUCCAUGAUCCUUCGGUCACGCACCAAAACCCAGGAGAUCUUCCACUCCAAGCGGCGGAGGCCCUCUGAGGGCCGGCUCCCCAACUGCCGUGCCACCAAGAAGCUCCUCGACAACAGCCACUUGCCCGCCACGUUCAAGGUCUCCGGCAGCCCCCAGAAGGAGGGCAGGGUGAGCCAGCGGGCAAGGGUCCCCAAACCUGGCGCAGGCAGCAAGCUCUCUGACCGGCCCCUCCAUGCGCUCAAAAGGAAGUCGGCCUUCAUGGCGCCGGUCCCCACCAAGAAGCGGAACCUGGUCUUGCGGAGCCGCAGCAGCAGCAGCAGCAACGCCAGUGGCAAUGGGGGAGAUGGGAAGGAGGAGAGGCCCGAGGGUUCCCCCACCCUCUUCAAGAGGAUGUCUUCUCCCAAGAAAGCCAAGCCCGCCAAGGGCAACGGCGAGCCCACCACAAAGUCCCCACCCCCGGAGACCCCCGAUGCCUGCCUCAAGCUCGCCUCUCGGGCAGCCUUCCAGGGGGCCAUGAAGACCAAGGUGCUGCCACCCCGGAAGGGCCGGGGCCUGAAGCUGGAAGCCAUCGUGCAGAAGAUCACCUCACCCAGCCUCAAGAAGUUCACAUGUAAAGCCUCUCCUGGUAAUCCUCUGAGCCCAUCCCUUCCCGACAAAGACCGUGGGCUCAAGGGUGCUGGGGGCAGCCCAGUGGGGGUAGAAGAAGGCCUGGUAAAUGUGGGCACCGGGCAGAAGCUUCCGGCUUCUUCUGGGGCUGAUCCAUUAUGCAGAAAUCCAACCAACAGAUCCUUAAAAGGCAAACUCAUGAACAGUAAGAAACUGUCUUCGACUGACUGUUUCAAAACUGAGGCCUUUACAUCCCCAGAGGCCCUGCAGCCCGGGGGGACUGCCCUGGCGCCUAAGAAGAGGAGCCGGAAAGGCCGGGCAGGGGCCCUUGGACUCUCCAAAGGCCCGCUGGAGAAGCGGCCCUAUCUUGGCCCAGCUCUGCUCCUGACUCCCCGAGACAGGGCCAGUGGCACACAAGGGGCCAGCGAGGACAACUCUGGUGGAGGAGGCAAGAAGCCAAAGAUGGAGGAGCUGGGCCUGGCCUUCCAGCCCCCCGAGGGCAGGCCCUGCCAGCCCCAGACAAGGGCACAGAAACAGCCAGGCCACACCAACUAUAGCAGCUAUUCCAAGCGGAAGCGCCUCACUAGGGGCCGGGCCAAGAACACCACCUCUUCACCCUGUAAGGGGCGUGCCAAGCGACGACGGCAGCAGCAGGUGCUGCCCCUGGAUCCCGCAGAGCCUGAAAUCCGCCUCAAGUACAUUUCCUCUUGCAAGCGGCUGAGGUCAGACAGCCGGACCCCCGCCUUCUCACCCUUCGUGCGGGUGGAGAAGCAAGAUGCGUUCACCACCAUAUGCACUGUUGUCAACUCCCCUGGAGAUGCGCCCAAGCCCCAUAGGAAGCCUUCCUCCUCUGCCUCCUCUUCCUCAUCCUCAUCCUCGUUCUCCUUGGAUGCAGCCGGGGCCUCCCUGGCCACACUCCAUGGAGGCUCCAUCCUGCAGCCUCGGCCCUCCUUGCCCCUCUCCUCCACGAUGCACUUGGGGCCUGUGGUUUCCAAGGCCCUGAGUACCUCUUGCCUUGUUUGCUGCCUCUGCCAAAACCCAGCCAACUUCAAGGACCUUGGGGACCUCUGUGGGCCCUACUACCCUGAACACUGCCUCCCCAAAAAGAAGCCAAAACUCAAGGAGAAGGUGCGGCCAGAAGGCACCUGUGAGGAGGCCUCGCUGCCGCUUGAGAGAACACUCAAAGGUCCUGACUGUGCAGCUGCUGCUGCUGCCGGGAAGCCCCCCAGGCCUGACGGCUCAGCUGACCCAGCCAAGCAGGGCCCACUGCGCACCAGUGCCAGGGGCCUGUCCCGGAGGCUGCAGAGCUGCUACUGCUGUGAUGGCCGGGAGGAUGGGGGCGAGGAGGCAGCCCCAGCCGACAAGGGUCGCAAACAUGAGUGCAGCAAGGAGGCCCCGGCAGAGCCCGGCGGGGAGGCCCAGGAGCACUGGGUGCACGAGGCCUGUGCCGUGUGGACCAGUGGCGUCUACCUGGUGGCCGGGAAGCUCUUUGGGCUGCAGGAGGCCAUGAAGGUGGCCGUGGACAUGACGUGUUCCAGCUGCCAAGAAGCCGGGGCCACCAUUGGGUGCUGCCACAAAGGAUGCAUCCACACCUACCACUACCCGUGUGCCAGCGAUGCAGGUUGCAUAUUCAUCGAAGAGAACUUUUCUUUGAAAUGUCCCAAACAUAAGAGGCUGCCGUUGUAAUCCAGCCCAACGGCCGGAGGAGCCGCCGGAGCUCGCCUGCCCGCCCGCCCGCCGCCGAAGGAGAGGAGCCGCCUGCGCAGCCCCCGGGCCUUUGAGCUGCUCCCAGCGCGGGUCCAGAGCCGAUCCUUGAUCCGGGUCCCGGAUCGUGGAUCCGGCCGCCCAGGGCUCAGACUUGCGGCCCCGGGUUGGGAGGAAAACCCGUUCCGGAGCCGCCUGCUCCCGGAACCGGACGGCACAGGGCGUUCUUGCCCACCCCAGGGGCCAGGCUUGCGGAGGGGGAGCCCGCAGAGCUGCCAGACUCCCCGGGGCGCUCAGCCUCCGGCGAGGGUGGGAGACGGCUUUGUCCUGGGGACACUUUUCCUCUGGAAUCUCAAGACGACGUGGCACACAUUCCACGUGGGUGCUGCCGCCACUCCAGUCGGUCGUGGCGUGCAGCUGGGAGCCCUGGGCUUGGGGGUGGGGGUCGAAACAGUCCUGGAAGAGGCGGAGGGCGGCUCCUAGCUCCGUGGACUAGGCGGGGGAGAAAGGAAGCCUUUCUGAGAGCGGGCUAGGCCGGCGCUGGAGAGGCCGGAGCCUUUGGAACAAACCGUGUGGAACGCGUCCAGGGGCCUUCCCGCCCAGCCUUUGCCACAUCUCUCGUGCGGUUCGGGCAAAGCCGGGGUAGACCUGGGCUAUGCUCAGGGGUUGCGGGCUCCCCGAGUGCGGGCGGGACUGGGACACCCUUUGGCCUCUGUUCGUCCCCUUUCCAGUCCUCCACCCCACCCCUGGAGCCCAGCCUGGGAGCGCAAAACCCAAGAAGCGGCCAGAACGCACCUCCGGCGGACGCGCGACCGUUGUGCACCACCAGGGGCCGCCGCGCCCACUCUGCACGGGAGCAGGGACAGCGCUAGAUUCGUGUACAAAACCUGUGUACCCCUCUAUAUAUAUGUUACAUAGAAUGUAUAUAUGUUGGGAACAUGCUCGCUUCUCCCGUGUGUCGCCGCCGUGCGUCGUGCGCCCGCAACAGAGCCCCAACCGGGCCUUUGCCGGGUAAGGGGCUACUGCGACGCCCCUUGUCCACGCAGCCACCACCGGCCCGGGCCAGUCCCUAUGAGUCCGUCCGCCUGUUCUUCCGUGUCCACAGCUCUGUCCACGCUUCGAUAGGCCUGACGCAGCCCCCAGCCCAGGGCCGCCCUAGCAACUUCCUGUACAUAUGACUGUAAAAUGGUAAACGUGUGUAUUAUAUCUGGCCUCGUUAUAUAGUGUAUAUAUAUGUAUACAUAUACAUAUAUAUAAUAUAUAUGAAGACUGUAAAUGUUAAGACGACUAGUGUUCUUAUUAGUAUAUUGCUUCACACUGAAGAUUGUGUGUAUCGAGCUGUUUCUAAAAGAUGUUUAUUUUCCUUAAGAGUAAAAAACAGUCAUUGCAUUCAGAAAAAAAAAAAAAAAGUCAAUAAAGAUACAACGAUUGUUUUGGAAAAU